AUGCAAAAUUUAAUUUUACCUCAAUUAUUCGCUAAUCCUUUCACUCAUGCACAGGUUGUUCCAGUGAAAAAAAUUUCUACUAUUCCUUAUAUUCCUCCUGAAAUUAUUCGUAUCAUCCUUGGUCUGUUAAGAAAUGAUAAAAAAACCCUUGCUUCUUGCGCUUUAGUCAAUCAUACUUUUAACCUUUUUGCUACUCCAAUAUUAUAUCAUACCGUCGCAUUUACUUAUCCUUACACUUUUACCCUUUUUGCAAAUGCAACAAAUGAUAUCAAAAUACGUUGCUUCAAAAUGGUUCGUCAUUUGGAUCUUUCCGGUUUUUCCACUUGUGGUCUACGAAAGAGUUCCUCUUCUAUUCAAAAUGUCAUCACUCCCAAUCUUUUAAUUCAUAUUCUAAGGUCUUUUCCUUCCAUAAAGGCCUUCUCUAUAUCGGAAACUUUGGAAUCCGUAAUUACCCUUGAUGUUAUAAAGGUUCUUUUUCUUGAAUGUAAAAACAUUAAUACUAUUGAUUUUUGUGGUUGUUCUAGUAAACAAUUUGGUAACGCAUUGGAAGAGUUCUCUGGUUUAGUAGGUCGUGUUAAAAUAGAUUUACAAUUUGAUGCUAAUGAUGAGGAAAUGGUCUCUUUUCACAUGGAUCAUAAACCUUCAUUAUCUCACAUUCAAAGACUUUCUUUUCAUGAUUGUCCAAUAAUUUCUGAAUGUUCAACAAUUAUCCCUCUCCUUGCCCAUGCUCCAAAUCUUACUCACCUUGAUUUAGGUGGUUGUUCCGUUGGCGAUUUAACUUUAUCCUUUUUGGCUGAAGGAACAAAUGCUCCAACCACUUUAUCUCAUUUAUUAUUGGCAAAGUGCAAAAAUAUUUCGUCAAGCGCUAUCGCCUCCUUCGUCUUCAGAUGUUCUCAAUUAAAAACUCUUAAUCUUUAUGGUGAAAGAGAUAUAGCCACUGCAAUUCAGGAAUGUGAUCUGAUGACUAUCGUUCGUUCGCCAAGUGCAAAAAAUUUUCAAACCUUAGACAUUGGAUCUUCACAAAUAACUCCAAUGAUUCUAACUGCAAUUAAGGAGAAUUGCUCAUCUUUACAAAAUCUUGGAAUUUCAAGGGCUCAAAUCUCUAAUAUAAGUCUUAUCAAAGAUCUUUUAACCGCUAUGCCGAGUCUACAAUAUCUUGAUCUCACAUCGAUUCCAUGUUUCAACCCCUUAAACACUAAUAAUUUGUUUAUCACUAUAACAAAGCAUAAUCAUCCUAUUCACACUAUCGAAAUGAGUGAAUCAUUACUUAAAAAGCUCUGUGCAAUUGAGGGAUGGAAGAUUGACGUGAACUAUGGCAGAAGAUGGUAUUACGCUCGCGAAACUCAGGGCAUGUUUAAACCUGAAAUGACUCAUUGUAGGAAGUUGGACGUAACCGAAUCUGGACCGGAAUGUAUGAGCAAGAUUUUUCAAUAUUAUAGUUUUGGCGUGUGA